UCAUGCUGCUGCCAAGUCCAGAGUCUGUCAUGGGUCCCUGUACGGCCUCCCAUUGCUGCUGUCUCCAUCGCCACACUCUGCCAUGUGCCACUUUCAGGUCUCCUCACACACUGCUGGUGUGUUGAAUUUUUUGACAUAGGGUGCUGGCAGAUUACGGGCCUCCCAUAGCUGCUGCCAGGCCCCUAAUCUGCCAUGGGCCCCUAUACCGCCUCCUCAUGCUGCUGCCAAGUCCAGAGUCUGUCAUGGGUCCCUGUACGGCCUCCCAUUGCUGCUGUCUCCAUCGCCACACUCUGCCAUGUGCCACUUUCAGGUCUCCUCACACACUGCUGGUGUGUUGAAUUUUUUGAC